ACAGUGAACCCUCCGUCAGACUUGAGGUUUAGGAUUUUGAAUGAGAAAACAGUGCAAAUGAUUUGGAGUAAACCACAGUCGAGGAUACAGGGCUACAGAAUACAAGUGACGUCAGACACAGAAGAACCAAUGAGAGAAUUUAGUCUGCCUGCAUCUGCGUCUAAGACCUCCAUCUCAGACCUGAGUCCAGAUGUGGAUUAUACCGUAACGAUAUCGGCGUACGCUGGAUCAGAGGAGAGUCUGCCCAUCUCCGGCCAAAUUACACUGGAGUCAACUGGAGGGACUUCCAGCAAACCAGACGCUUCAGAUUCAGUCAAAUGCUCUUUGGGUGCCAUCGCUGACGUGGUUUUCUUGGUGGACGGAUCCUGGAGCGUCGGCCGGCCGAACUUCAAAUUCAUCCAAAAGUUUAUCUCGGUGGCGGCCGGAGCGUUUCAGAUCGGAGCGGAGCGGACGCGGGUCGGCGUGGUCCAGUUCAGCUCCGGAUCCAGAACUGAGUUCAACCUGAAGACACAUCUGACCCGACCCACGCUGCUGAGGGCCAUCGCAGCGCUGGAGUACAAGGGAGGGAACACCAGGACAGGCGAUGCCCUCGACUACCUCCUGAAGAACUCUUUCUCUGAGGCGUCUGGUGCCAGGAAGGCUUUCCCCAAAGUGUUGGUGAUCAUAACGGACGGCAAAUCUGAGGAUCCCGUGGAGAACUACGCCCGGCAGCUGAGGAGCAGAGGGGUGGAGAUCUUUGUCCUCGGCAUCCAGCAGGCAAACGAGGAACAGCUGAAGCUCAUGGCCUCCGAGCCUCACAGAACUCACAUCUUUAGCGUCUCUGACUUUAACUUAAUCAAGAGUGUGCAGAGCAAACUCGUCUCUCAGGUGUGCGCUGGCGUCGACGAUCAACUCAACUCACUCGUCAGCGGAGAAGAAGUUGUUGAGCCAGCGUCCAAUCUCCAAAUCCUGGAAGUCGCCUCAAAGUCGUUGCGGUUGAUGUGGGACGCCUCCAUCGGAGAGGUUUCGGGAUACAAGGUUCAGAUGAUCCCGAUGAUGGCUGGAAGCAAACGGCAGGAGCUCUACGUUGGUCCGACGCAGACCCAGGUGGUGGUCAGAGAUCUUUCCCCAGACACAGAGUACCAGAUCAGUCUGUUCGCUUUGAACAGCCUGAUGCCCAGCGAGCCUCUGACCCUCAUGCAGACAACACAACCCGUUAAAGUGUCACUGGAGUGUUCUCUUGGCGUUGAUGUCCAAGCCGAUGUGGUCCUCCUCGUCGACGGUUCCUACAGCAUCGGUCUGGCUAACUUCGCCAAAGUGAGAGCGUUCCUGGAGGUGCUGGUUACCUCCUUCGACAUCGGACCAGAUAAAGUCCAGAUCAGCUUGGUUCAGUACAGCAGGGACCCUCACACCGAAUUCUACCUGAACACCCACCACGAUCAGAGCGCCGUAGUGAAGGCGGUGAGAUCGUUUCCGUAUCGUGGCGGAUCCACGAACACCGGCAGGGCGAUGACUUACGUGAGAGAGAAGAUCUUCCAGGCCAACAGAGGAGCGAGACCCAACGUUCCUCGAAUAAACAUCCUCAUCACGGACGGGAAAUCCUCCGACGCCUUCCACAAUCCGGCCACCAAACUGAGGAACGCCGAUGUGGAGAUAUUUGCGGUGGGCGUUAAAGAUGCCGUGAGAGGCGAACUGGAGGCCAUCGCCAACGAGCCGGCGGAGACACAUGUUUACACCGUGGACGACUUUGAUGCCUUCACCAGGAUUUCCAAAGAGCUGACGCAGUCCAUCUGCCUGAGGAUCGAGCAAGAACUACGAAACAUCAUCCAAAGACGCCUGACCCAGCCUCGGGACCUCUCGUUCUCUGAGGUCGGCUCCAGGAGUUUCAGAGCCGCUUGGGAAAUGGACGCCACAGAUGUCGAGUCCUACUUGGUCCGCUUCAGGCCGGAAAACGGAGACGACGGGCAUUACGUUUCCAUGUCCGUCCCCGGAGAAACUCUCACUGCUGUCCUCCCUCACCUCACCCCUCUCACCCGCUACGAAGUCAACGUUCAAGCCCAGUACGCCAAAGGGAACAGCCUUCCUGUGACCGGCUUUGAGACCACUUUAGAAGAACGAGGCUCCGUGCAGAACCUGAGAGUUUCCGAAGAGACGACAGACAGCUUCAGAGUGUCAUGGCAGCCGGCUCAAGGAGACGUCACUCGCUACAAAUUGACGUACGAACCUGUAGGAGACGAGAGAUCGAGGCUGGAGACGACCACCGCUGGCAGAGAGACGGCCAUCGUGCUGCAGGAACUUCAGCCUAGAACCAAAUACCGGGUCACCGUCACGCCUGAAUACACAUCCGGCUCCGGAGUGCCACUGGACACUGAAGGCACCACCAAAGAAGCCAAAGGUUCACCUCGGGACCUGAGGGUGUUCGAGGAGACCGCUUCCUCCAUGAAGGUUUCCUGGGAGCCGGCUCCUGGAAGUGUUCAGCAGUACCGUGUUUCCUACCAACCCUCCGCCGGCGGUCCCAGGAAGGAGGUGUCGGUGAAGGGAGACAACAGGGCGGCGCUCCUGAAGAACCUGCAGCCGGGGACCCAGUACGAGAUCUCCGUCAGCGCCAGAUACCCGUCAGGCAUGGGCGACGCUCUGGAGGGACGAGGAACCACGCUAGAAGAGGUGGCCCCUCCUAAGAACCUGGUCACCAGCGACGUGACUGAAUCCAGCUUCAAGGCGUCGUGGACAGCGGCUCCCGGGAACGUGAAGAUGUACCAAAUCCGGUGGAAGUCUCUUUUUUCGGCAGAAGCCGGAGAUAAAACGGUGCCGGGAGACGAAACCGAAACCGUUCUGGAGGGUCUGAGUCCGGAGACGAUUUACCAAGUUUCUGUGAUCGCCAAAUACGAGCAGAGAGACAGCGAACCUCUCAUUGGACAGGAAACCACUGACGCCUCUGCUGCCGGUAAAAGCUUGGCGGUGUCGGAGGAGACCGAGCGAUCCAUGAGAGUCUCGUGGACGCCGGCGCCGGGAAAAGUGGCGCAUUAUCGGCUGAAGUACUCUCCGAUUGGCGGGGGGAAAGAAAUGUUCCUGAAGGUCCCCGGGACCAGCAGCUCCACCGUCAUGAAGCGCCUGCAGCCCACCACCACCUACACCAUCACCGUGAACCCCAUCUACAAGCGAGGGGAAGGAAAAGCAAGGCAAGGAGUAGGAACGACACUGUCUCCCUACAAGGCUCCCAGGAACCUUCAGACCUCAGAACCCACUAAGACCAGUUUCAGGGUCACCUGGGACCCAUCUCCCGGAGAAGUGAAGGGCUACAAGGUGACCUUUCACCCCGAUGGGAAUGAUAUCGACCUGGGGGAGCUCCUAGUCGGUCCCUACGAUAACACCAUCGUUCUAGAGGAACUUAGGGCGGGAACGAAGUACACUGUGGCCGUGUUUGGGAUGUUUGACGGAGGCGAGAGUGUUCCACUGGCGGGGGAGGAGAACACCACCCUGAUGGACGAUCCCGACUCUCCUCCCGUCGACACCUCCG